AUGUUUGAGCAAUUCCCGCCAUCAUCUCCAGUGAGGAGCACUACCGAGAAGAAUCCGUUCUUCCACUCAGAAGGCGAUUACACCGAGAAAGGGUUCAAAGUAACUCCAUUGCCACCAAAGAAGCCUGAGCUGCAAUCCCAUGACUAUCCAACCCCAUUCCCAUCGUCAAGUACCGGAAGGUCCUCCCCAGUGAGACACACGCGUGAUAUAACUGACAGUCCACCCUUACACACAUCACCACCAAGAAUUGCCGACUCCUCGCUAAGCGGCACUACCACUUCCCCUUCGUCUGCCACUUCUACUGCCACUACACUGGUACCAGUUUACGCUCCACCCAAGAGGAGAACACUUAUCAAAUUGUCCACCGACCGCCCAGAACCGCUAACUAUCGGUCGUAAAGCAUCCUGCGACGUGGUUCUGCCAAGCAAGUUGAAGAUAUCUAGAAAGCAUGCUCUUGUGAACUACUUACCAAAGACAAAGCAAAUCAAGCUGAAAUGUUUGGGCUCAAACGGUCUAGUUGUCUUGCUCCCUAAGAAAUUGCAAUGCAAACUGGUCAAGUACAACACAGAGAACAAAGGUGUCAUCAGGGACUCCGAAGGUGCAGAAUACUUACUCUUGAAAGACAAUAGUGCUACUGUGCCCUACUUCUCAGAAAAACUGGUUAUUGACGUCGAGUUGACUUCUUUCACUUUGUUGCAAAACGAGAGUGUGAUCAUCCCAUAUGUCAAAGGUACAGUUAUAGAUUUCAGGGGCGCAGAAGGUAUCAUAUACGUGGUCAAGAGAAGAAAGACACAUAGCUACAUUAUCAAAAAGCCAGUUCUAAAGGAAACUAAACAGUCAACCUCUGACCUAACUGAGUUCUCCAGUUCUAGCUCUGAGUCUCAACAAGCGUUGAGCAAAGUAGAACCUAGCUCACCAAUCUCGUUACAUCAUUUUGGCAAUACUAAGCCUUUCGGAAUACCUAAACCCAAAUUCGCGACACCAAGCUCUUCUUUCAAGCUGAGCGCUUUCUCACCAAAGGCACCAAGAAAGGAUAAUUCUAAGGCCAACGUUUUUAGCUUGCCAGAAUCUCCAAUCGCUCAUCAUGAUAAAUCUAAAAGUGCGCUAAGUAAGAAAUCCAUUAACAAGAGACCAAUUGAGCAAUCAGAAAACAGCGCUGUCCUGAACAAGCCAAAAAAAGCCAAGAAAGAGCAAAAGAAACUAAGCAAGGAAGAGGUGAUUGAGCAACUAAAGGUUAAAGGAAUAGAUAUCGAGAAUGUUAAGAACGUCCUAGUGAAUCACUUGGCAUUUGCAAAUAUACAGCAGACUCCAUUGUUCCAAUUACAAUCAGUUAACAGUAAAACAGCCGAAUUGUCACGUAAUGAAUUGCGCGUAUUAUUGGGAGAUAUCAAAUGCGUUGGUAUUAUCUACAGAGAGGGUAAGGAUGCUGCAGGAAAGCCUCUUGAUGAGGAAUACUUCUAUGACUUGGAGAAUGACUCUGAUAAUGACCGUAGGGGACUAGUCAUGUCAUUAAAAGGUGGUAGAUCAAAUUUAAGGUCAUGUAGAAAGACACAUAAGCAGUACUUUUGGAAGAAACCAGCUAAAUAA